CUCUCUCUCUCUCUCUCUCUCUCUCUCUCUUUAUGAGAUGGAUGACCCCCUGUUCUAGGGUUAUUCUCCGUUACAUCGGCAGCGCUUUUACAUCGCAAGUAAAUAAUCAACAUGUUAAGGCGUACAUGUUUGAGUGAGUUCCAAUUGCCAAUGACAUGACUAUUAUUGUUUCGCGGUGUCUCGAUCUAACUACGACAGCGGUUUAGGAAUGGCGUGUGGGUAAUGCAUCGCUCGGAUAAGGACCGAUGGAAUGUCUUCCUCAGCUUGCAAUCCGCGAGUUUAAGCACAUCAUUCGUACAGGGAGCCAUGUUAUAGUGUUGACUUUUUAUGCUAUUUCCGCGAUUUAGGAAGAGGAUAUUUUCAUUUCAUUUGUGGUAAUGGCACUGACGACAAGGAUGCUUUGAGACCUUGAAGUUUUCAAGUUCGUCAAGGACUAUUCUAUCAUGGAAUUGAUGUACCAGCACGAAGUUUUCUUCCAGCGAUAAUCUGUAUCAAAGAGAAAGCUGUUUCAGAGAGAAAUAAAAACUGAUCAAAGAGAAAGACCAACCGCUUGGUGAAUUGGAAAGUCAAUUAUUGUGGGUGAUAUUUGUAUUCGAGAGAUCCAUCAAUCAUGGCUGAGGCAAAACUUGAACCAGAAACACCGACCUGUCCUCCGAUCAGUGACUUUGAGAUGGACAUGAUGCGGAUGGAACAGAUGGCAUUACUCCUAGAAGAGGAAGGAGAGGCUUCGCUUAACCUCUUCUCUCAAACCUCCAACGAGAGCUUGGACUUCUCCAACCCUCGCCAGCCUUACUGGAACGAGCCCAGGUAUGACCGAAGCGAGGUCCCCAGUAUACUGGUUUCGGGGAUCACCAGCGACGACAAAUCCGAAAUCAGCGGAGAAGUAUCGUUAGCGAUGAGUAAAGUUCAGAUGAAUGAAGCCGCUGAAGGCCACUCAGGACCCUUUGCAGAAACCACCCCUGCCGGAGGUGCCAUACCGAAGUCAGGAUUUCGUCGGAGUGUUUCUGUGGAGAGUUCAGGAGGUAAUUGGGACAACUCUGAUGCUAGCCUUACGAGUGUUUCCUCAAGGCGGUGUCUUACCAACCAUCCACACCAUGCAUUAGAACUCAUGUCCAUUCUCAAUGACAUGCGCAUCGCCGGUGACAUGAUCGACCUCAAGGUUCUCUCGGGCGACCAGAAGUAUCUCUGUCACCGAGCCAUCAUUGCGGCAGGGAGUCCUCUAAUCAUGAACCUUCUGGAAUCGCAGCACAUUAAGCUCAGGAAGAGGAGCAACAAACUUGUCGUGGAUCAUAUCCGAGCGGACUACGUGAAGCAGAUCAUAGAUUUUGUGUAUACAUCCAAAAUGGGCAUAGGUUUCCAGAAUGCGCAGGAGAUGCUUUCACUGAGUUUUGGACAUUCCGCAUUCUUGAACAAAUCGAUUGAGCUGGCCUGCAGUGAUUAUCUUGUCGGACAGUUCUGUCUUGACGCGGGAAGCGAGGCGUCUUCUUUGAGUGCUGUACCGUCAUCGAUUCUCUCUUCAGGAGAAGAUGAUGUGUCAUCCAGUGGGACAGAGUGUAGCUUCCAGGAACAUAACUAUCCCUUAGAGGUUCUCCAUGUUUUGAACGAACAUCGCAAAAGCAAAAGGUUUACGGAUCUUAUUUUGUCCGUUGAGGAAGUGGCUUUUCCCUCUCACCGAUCGGUCAUGGUUGCAGUUAGUCCUUACUUUCGAGCGAUGUUCACGUCAGGUAUGAGAGAAAUCCGCGAGGAGGAGGUCGAGUUAAAGGGUAUCCGCAGUGAUAUCUUCGGCAUCCUCCUGGACUUUAUCUACACCUGUCGUCUUGCCAUCAACGAAGACAACGCACAGGAGAUGCUGGAGAUGGCCAGCUUCCUGCAGAUUGUCCCUGCAGUCAACGCCUGCAGUCAGUUCUUCAGAGACCAACUCGAUGUCCAAAACUGUGUUGGAAUCAUCAACUUUGCCAAACUCUACAGUUGCGAUCAACUCUUCGACCAUGCCUUUCUGUUCAUUCUCACAUACUUCAAGGAUAUCAUGCUCACCGACGAUUUCCUACUCCUGACCGUCGACCAGCUCGCGUCUUUCAUUCUUGACGACCGUCUGUCUGUGAAGAAUGAGGAGCUCGUCUUCGAAGCCGUCAUGCAGUGGCUCAAACACGAUGUCGAAGGGAGAAUGAAAUCGAUGCCAAAGGUUCUUCGGCAUGUCCGAUUACCGUUGAUUGAACCAGAGUACGUCGAGCAAUACGUCAAACACGACCCGAUUUUACAGGAGGAUGCAUCCUGCCAGGCCAUCAUUGGCGAGAGUCAGCUACUCCGGGAGAGGGGCGCUAGCUGUCAUCACAUCGAUGAUCCUAGACUCAAGCUACGGUACUCGAUGACCACCGAAGUCCUGGUCACCGUCGGCGGUUUCGACGACCGACAGAGGUGGGUGCGGGACGUCUGGUGCUAUAACCCCAAGGAUUCGUCCUGGCACGCCCUAGCGCCCUUUCCGGGAAAGAACAGGAGGUUUGCUGCCGUGGCUUUUGACAACGAUAUCUACAUCAUAGCAGGGCAGGCAGAUCACGGUGAUCGUAUGUCUGAAACCCUACCUGAUGUCUGGCGAUACGACUCCAUCACAAACCGCUGGUCCCAGGUGGCGAGCCUGAACACGCCCCGUUUCUCGCACGGCGCCGCUGUCGUUGACGGUUACAUUUACGUAGUCGGAGGCAAGAUGGGCUGGGCGAGACGAUUUAACGAUGUCGAAAGGUAUGACCCAGCGAAGAAUACUUGGACUAUCGUCACUAGGAUUAAAGGAAGCUACCUGGAGAAGCCUGUUCUAUCAUCUCAUGAAGGAAAGCUCUACGUAAAUGGGUACUUUUUCCGCGACCCGGAUAUCAUGCACUGCUAUGACCCGGAAGAUGAUAAUUGGAUACAGAUGUUCAGUUUCCCGCGUGUUCAAGGAGACGGCAUCGAGAACGCGGUCGUGGUCAAUGACUACGUCUAUUAUCUGGUCUUCAGGGGAUAUGAUAACUAUGUGGUGGUCGUCAACCCGCUUACAGGGGAAAAAAUGCGAGAAAGUAGGAUGAUCGACGGGAAGUACCUGUACUCGUACGGCGCGACUGUAGUUGGUGAUAAGAUCUAUAUCGCAGGAGGUAGUAAACUGGAUGCAAGUGUGAACGUGCCCUAUCUGUUCUGCUAUGAUCCAGCUCUUGAUGAAUGGAGUACUGUGGGUAGCAUCCCAACACCGCUCUGCGAACACGGGUGUGUUACCAUUGAGAGGUACAUGCCGCUCAAGCACUAGGCAUAGGCCAGACGGUGCUAAUUGGGCCGUCGGCGUCGUCGCUUUCGACAGUAUUCUACUGUGCCUCUCUUCAAAAACUGUUUGGCAGGGGUUUUCAGACAUACCUAUGCAAAAGUCAUUUGCCUAAAUGUAUUGUUCAUAUUGAA